CCAAGGGCAUUUUCGGAAUAUAAAAAUAUCUUUGCUCAAAUAAAAACAUAAAAACCCUAAUUUCGUUCAUUCUCAGUGCUGUUCUAUCUCUCACUCUCUCUCUGCGGCUGAACAAGAACAACCUUCGAUUUCGUUUCUGCAAAGGUUUGAAGAUGUUCACAUCAAGGAAGAAAAUCAGCAAGGAUAAAGGUGCUGAGCCCACUGAAUUUGAGGAAUCUGUCGGACAGGCUUUGUUUGAUCUCGAAAACACAAACCACGAGCUGAAAAGUGAGCUCAAAGAUUUAUACAUUAAUUCAGCAGUCCAAGUCGAUGUUUCUGGCAACCGCAAGGCUGUGGUUAUCCAUGUCCCAUAUAGAUUGAGGAAGGGAUUCCGCAAGAUUCAUGUCAGGCUUGUUAGGGAGCUCGAGAAGAAAUUCAGCGGAAAGGAUGUUAUCCUGAUUGCCACCAGGAGGAUUGUUAGGCCACCAAAGAAAGGUUCCGCUGCUCAGCGCCCCCGUAGCCGUACACUUACUGCUGUGCACGAGGCAAUGCUCGAGGAUGUUGUGUUACCUGCUGAGAUUGUUGGCAAGCGCACUAGGUACCGAGUUGAUGGAUCAAAGAUCAUGAAGGUGUUUUUGGACCCAAAGGAGAGAAACAAUACCGAAUACAAAUUGGAGACGUUUUCUGCCGUUUACAGGAAACUAUCAGGCAAAGAUGUUGUCUUUGAGUAUCCGGUUACUGAGGCUUAGGUUCUUAGGUUCUGUUUCUCAGUUUUGAAUUUGUUUCAUGAAUUGCAUAUGGUGAAUGCUGUUUGUUGAAGUUUUGUUCAAAUUGUCUUUGAUUCUGGAUUUUGUUUGGUGACUUUCAGAAAAAAUACUUUGGCUUAGUUUAUUAAUGUAGCUUUUGAUAUAUUAUUUAUAAUAGGAUUAAAUCAUUUGCUUA